GUGGCAGUGACCCGGAUGCUAACCGAGCGGACACGCCGCUUCUUGUCGUGUGUGAAUCUGAACCGACGUGCAACUGAUUUCUGGAGGCUUCGCAGCGGCUCCGCGAUGAGUUGACGGGACAGGAGGAGGAAACGAAUGAUGAAUUAAGUUUUCAUUAAGAUGAGAGAAAUCUGCCUGACAGCAGCAGAGAGGAGUGAACCUGCCUGGAAGGAGGAAAGCUAACCCACGGAUGGCCUGCCAGUCUGUCGCUGCAGUCAUGGACGAGCAGGCCCUGCUGGGGCUCAACCCAAACGCCGAUGCCCGCUACAGGCAGAGGGCCAUGGUAUACUUUGAGCAGCUGAAGGAGUCUCAGGAUGCCUGGGAGGUUUGUGCAGAGGCCCUCGCUAAAGGAAUUUACAAUGAUGACCAUGUGAAGUUCUUCUGCUUCCAAGUUCUGGAACAUCAGAUUAAGUUCAGACACGCUGGUCUGAGUGCAGCUCAGCAGCAGCUCAUCAGAGAGACUCUGAUGAAGUGGCUCCAGUGUCAGCUGAUGAAUGCCCACCCUGAGAAGCCGUUCAUCAGGAACAAGGCGGCUCAGGUGUUCGCCCUCACCUUCGUCAUGGAGUAUCUGACUCUGUGGCCCAAGUUCUUCUUCGACAUCCUGUCGCUGGUGGGUCUGAACCCUCACGGCGUCGACAUCUACCUGAGGACGCUCAUGGCCAUCGACGCCGAGGUGGUGGACCGAGACAUCCUCCACUCCCCUGAGGUAAGACUAUGGGAGACCCGUAGAAACACCUUAAUCAAAGACGGCAUGCGGGAGCAGUGCAUCCCCCACCUGGUGGAGUCCUGGUUCCAGAUCCUGCAGACGUACCAGCACUCCCACCCGGAGCUCACCUGUCAGUGUCUGGAGGUGGUGGGAGCCUUCGUGUCCUGGAUCGACCUCAACCUCAUCGCCAACGACCGCUUUGUGAACCUGCUGCUGAGCCAGAUGUCGGUGGAGGAGCUCAGAGAGGAGGCCUGUGACUGCCUGUUUGAAAUCGUCAACAAAGGAAUGGACCCCGUGGAUAAAACCAAGCUGGUGGAGUCGCUGUGCCAAGUUCUGCAGUCUGCUGGGUUCUUCAACGUGGAACAGGAGGAGGACGUGGACUUCCUGGCCAAGUUCUCGCGGCUGGUGAACGGGAUGGGUCAGAGUCUGGUGCUGAGCUGGACCAAACUGGCCAAGACCGGCAACGUGAAGGACACGGCCGAGGCGCUGCAGGCCGUGGAGUCCAAGGUGCCGCUGCUGCUGCAGCUUCUGGUGCACGAGGACGACGACAUCUCUGCCAACGUCGUCGGCUUCUGCUACGAAUACCUGCACGUGCUCAAACAGGGUCCGUUGAGUAGCUGUUCUGGAGACACACAGCCUUCCUCAGCAGAUCUUCCCCAACUGACAGACCAGCAGAAGACGAACAUAGAGGCCAUCAUGCUCGCUGUCAUGAAGAAACUGACGUACGACGACGAGUACAACUUUGAAAACGAGGGCGAGGACGAGGCCAUGUUUGUGGAGUACAGGAAGCAGCUGAAGAUGCUGCUGGAUCGUCUGGCGCAGGUGUCUCCUGAGCUGCUGCUGGAGGCCGUGCGACGGGUCUUCACCAACACCAUGCAGAGCUGGCAGACGGCGCCGUUCAUGGAGGUGGAGGUGGCCAUCAGGCUGCUGUACAUGAUGGGCGAGGCCCUGCCAGCAUCUCACGGCGCUCAUUUCACCGGAGACACGGCAAAGACGAGCGCCCUGCAGGACAUGAUGAGGACGCUGGUGUCCUGCGGCGUCAGCAGCUACCAGCACAGCUCCGUGUCUCUGGAGUUCUUCGAGACGGUCGUUCGAUACGAUAAAUUCUUCAUCGUGGAGCCUCAGCACAUCCCAAACGUUCUGAUGGCGUUUCUGGACCAGAGAGGACUGAGACACAACAGCCCAAAGGUCCGCAGCAGGGUGGCCUACCUCUUCUCCAGAUUCGUCAAAACAUUACAUAAACACAUGAAUGCCUUUGUGGAGGACAUCCUGACCCGGAUCCAGGACCUGCUUGAACUGGCUCCUCCUGAGAACGGCUUCCCGGCGCUGCUGACCAGCGACGACCAGCUGUUCAUGUUUGAGACGGCGGGCAUUCUGAUCGUGAACGGAGACAGCCCCGUAGAGAGGAAGCAGGCGCUGAUGAGGAGCCUGCUGCUGCCGCUGCUGGACGCCUUCCGCCUGCUGCUCGCCAAACUGCCGCAGGAGACGGAGGAGGAGCGGAAGGCCGUCCUCGCAGACUGCCUGAGCCACGCUGUCGGGUUCGCCAGUCGGACCAGCAAGGCGUUCAGCAACAAGCAGACGGUGAAGCAGUGCGGCUGUACGGAGGUCUACCGAGACUGCCUGCAGACCUUCCUGCCUGCGCUGAGCUGCCCCGUCCAGCGGGGGGUGCUGCGCAGCUCGGUCCGCUCCUUCCUGCACCGAAUGAUCAUCUGCUUGGAGGAGGAGGUGCUGCCCUUCAUCCCCGCCGCCUCUGAACACAUGCUGAAGGACUGCGAGGCCAAAGAUCUGCAGGAGUUCAUCCCGCUCAUCAGCCAGAUCACCGCCAAGUUCAAGCGGCAGGUGUCUCCCUUCCUGCAGCAGGUCUUCAUGCCGCUGGUGCUCGCCAUCUUCGAGGUGCUGGCCAGGCCGGCGGAGGAGAACGACCAGGCGGCCGCUCUGGAGAAACAGAUGCUGAGGAGGAGCUACUUCACCUUCAUCCAGACCAUCACAGGCAGCGGGAUGAACGAGGUCAUGGCCAACCAGGGAGCGGAGAACAUCGAGCGAGUUGUGUUCACCAUCAUCCAGGGAGCCGUGGACUUCCCCGACCCCGUCGCUCAGAAAACCUGCUUCAUCAUCCUCUCCAAGCUGGUGGAGCUGUGGGGAGGGAAAGAUGGCAUGGUGGGUUUCCCCGACUUCAUCUACAAACACAUCGUUCCUGCGUGUUUCCUGGCUCCUCUCAAACCGACCUUUGACCUCUCGGACGCUCAGACGGUCCUGACGCUGUCAGAGUGCGCCGUCACGCUGAAAAUGAUUCAUCUCAAAAGGGGGCCGGAGUUUAUCCAGUUCUUGCAGCAGGAGUAUUUGCCCUCACUUCAGGUGUCACCGGAAAUCUCACAGGAGCUUUGCCAAGUGGUUCAGCAGCCAGACGUCAAAGUCCUGAAAAACUACAUUAAGGCGUUCUUUCAGCGAGCCAAGCUGUAGGAAAUGAAAACUGGAAGUUCACGGGUACUGAAAGGACACUUCACAGGAAGUGGUCGUGCACGCCACUUCACAACAAAACAAAUGGAACUUAGCAUAGGAGCUGCUUUUUGCACUUAAAAAGUGAAUGCGUUACAAAGCCCAGUCUCUCCAAGUCGGGACAGAAGGUCGGUGGACGGACUCAACAGCCGCCGCCGAGACGAGCUGUCCACGAGGACUCGAGACGUAAAGGAGCUCGACUGAUGAUCAGAAAUGGAGUUAAGUGAAGAACUUUUGUGGAAAGUCGUGUGAUGGAAAAUGGCUUUUUGAAGUAAACACAGAUCUGUGGGAGAGGACACGUAAUUAUGGUAAUUAUCCCUUAAACGAUCUGAACACGUCGGUUAGGAUUUGUGAAACGAUAGCUUUAUUCUAGUCAAACCUUCACAUUAGAAACCACAUUUCAAAACAAGCUAGAUUUGAGUUUUUUUUUUUGGGGGGGGGGGGACGUUGUUACUGCCACAGAAUUGACAAAAAGGGCUGAAUUGUAUUAUUUUUAUUCAAAAUGUGGCACUGAUUUAUUUUUUUCCUUAUGUGUGGAGGAAUAGAUGGUUGAUUUUAAGUUUGAAGUGAAACGUUAAGUGCUUACAGCCCGGCUCGACUUUAUAUUUUCCUGAAUUCUCAAUUUAAAAGCAGAUAUUAUCUCAACCACUCUUUUAUAUUUGUUACCUGAUGGGAUGUAGAUACUCCAGUUUCGGCCCUCUUAUGAUAAAAUUAAAAGAUAAUAAUCCAUGGAAUAUUUUUGUUUCCUAAAAAUAUGACCAAUAUGUUGGGCUGUUUUUAAUUUCAGAUGGAAAUGAACAGAAAAUAGAGGAACAAAAUGUAAAUAAGAGAAUAAGAUGUUAAAAAAUGUAAAUAAGUUCCUAGGUUAAGUUUAAAAAGAAUCUUCAUUCCCAUCUGGAAACUAAAUAUGGAAGCCCAUCUCUGCCAGAAAAUUGAAACAAAAGAUUAAAAGUUAGAUACGAUAAAAAAUACUCCAUAAAAAGUCAGAAUUAUGAGUUUCUAGGUUCAUAAUUUUGACUUGGUAGCUCACUAAUUUGGACCUUUUUUAAAUCUCAUAAUUGUGACUUCUAAAGUCAGAAUUCUCUGUUAAAAUCUCAUUAUUUUGACAUUCCAGUAUUUUUUAUUUGAUUUAUAAUAUUUUUGACUGACACUCAUAAUUAUGACUUAAAGUUUAACUUAAAAUUCCAAGUCUCAAAAUUGCAAUUUAGCAUUAAAUCUUUUUUGAUUUGAUCUUGAAAUCUAAUUUUGAAUAAAAUCCUAAUUUUAAUGACUUGCUAUGAGUAUAUUUAUUACUUUUUUUUCCUUCGUAUUUUUCACUUAGCAAAUCUCAUAAGUUUGACUCUGUAUCUCUUAAAAUUAAUUGAUUUCAGAUUGUUUUAGUAAACGGUCAAAAUUUUCAGUUACUAUCUCAUAAUUUGACCUUUGAAAAAUAAUUGUGACAUAAAAUUCAAUAUUUUACUCAUACUGUUGACUUUCAUUUAUAUUUUUAGGAUCUCAAAAUUUUGACUUGUCAGAAUUGUGACGUAAGUCAAAUAUUAUGAAUUUUUUUUUUUUUUUUUAAUGUACUAAAUCUCACAAUUAUGACUUAAAACGUCAUAAAUUUGACUUAAUUAGAUUAAUUUUAAUUUCAGUGCGGAGAAGCACAACGGACUACCUAACAUUUAAUCUAUUUGUUUUUUCCUUUCUUGGCAGUAAUGAGCUUCCAGAGUAAUACAUAAACUCGUUUAUAGGAAUAAUUCAUGUACAGCUCAUGUAAAAAAAAAAAAAACAAUGUGCUUGUGUACAGAAGCAGCUCAAUGAAUUUUACAUUGACGCAUUUGUGACAAUUCAGGAUGAUCGACUUAAUUGAUUAUGCAACGCUUUACUGUGAGCAAUACUGUGAAGGAGCUGUCAAACAGUAUCAAACCCAAUCAGUGUAAGAUGAUAAGUGUAAACAUUGUGUCUGACUAUUUUUGCUGAUGUAAAAACACAAAUUCACAUUUCAACCAAGACUCUGUACAGAUAUUUCAGAUGUUCUUUAACACUUUGGAUCUUGUGUCGACCCACAUUGUUCUGUUUGACUGUACAUCUAUCUCAGUUACUGUUUCCACUGUUGAAAUCAAUUUGUGAUGUUCAGUGCAUUCAUUUUAAUUUGGUUAAUCUGAUUAACAGUUUUCCUUUGGGCUUUAAAGUUCUUAUUUCCCAGAAACCUCCCAGAAAAAAGUGCCUGAAACUUGAGUGUUGGCGCUCAAUUAAAUGUGGUCAUGCAGGCAUUUAAAUAAAGCUAGUUUAAAGUCUUAAAGGUGGUGGUCUACGUUUUUCUCAUUGUCAACAAAUCCCACAAAUGUCAGUCAAUCUCUAAGUACUCCUUAUGGCCUAUUGGUUCCAAAUAUUUAAUAAACUCACAAAAAUAUAGUUCAUUUCAUUUAAAAAGCCUCAAACAGGAGGAAAUUGUGCUUUUUGGGGACUAUUUUCACAAGUGGAUGAGUACACAUUUGGAUUAGCACAGUAUUUGUAAGCAGGAUCAGUUCAUUGUUGGUUUGUCUCUGUACAUGGGAUUUCUUGACAAGAAGGAAUUAAUGGAAUAUCACCAAAACGUAUCCUUCCAACAUAUUUAAUAAUAAUAAACCUCUUAAAUGCAACACGUCAGGAUGAAAUUGGUUUGUGUGCGUCCUCUUUAAUGGAUUUCUAUGUGCAAGAUUAUGGAGCAUCAAUUUUAAAAGGGAACCAAAUUCGGACAUUGACCUGAAAUUUUUUUUUCCAUGCAUAAUAAUUAAGUUAACUUUAAUAUUGAGCUUGUAAACAGUAGUUUGACUAAAUAACUUUAAGAUCCACUUACUAGCUAAAACUCAAUGUAACAAAAUUGCUUCGAAACCUUAUUUUAUAUAAGGUUUUAUGAAUAUUUAUGAAAUGUGGUUGUUAGCGGUCUCCUGGGGUCAGAAGACUAGAUCGAUGUUAAUUACAUCUCUACAUAGAUCGGUUUAGCUUAGCACCAAGACUGGAAGCAGUGGGAAAGUGCUAGCCAAGUUCCAUCAAAGGAUUAAAAUUCACCUUCAAACAAUUCCAAAGCUGUCGUGAUUUAAAUGUUAUAAUUUGGUUAGCGAAGAAGCUAGUCACCAAUCCAUGUAAGUUUGCUUAGUGUUGUUGGUCAACAGAUACUAAAGAGCUCCAAUGCUAACUGCUAAUGUUACCACAAUGUCUUUACAUUUCUGUUUCUUAUCCUUUUCAACUAAAUAUGCACAUAUGUUGAUGGAGCUAGGCUAGCAGUUUAACUAGCUUUCCGGUCUUUAUAGAUGUCAUAUACCAGGGUUUGUUUAGCCUAGCUUAGCACAAACAUCUAGCAUAACAUUAGGUAUGCAAGCUGGUUGUAGCAUGUUUAGAGUAGUUUUAGCUUUGUUCCUUUUUAAAAGGAAUAGUUGAACGAUUCAGGAAAUGUUCAUAACAACAUCUGGCUAUAAACACCUAACACCAUGUGUCUACCAGUAUUUUCUGCUAAGCUUGGCUAAAAAAUUGCACUGUAAUCUACAACAACUAGCUAACUAACAGCUUGCUUAAUGUUGACUCACUGUUUGUAGCAACAAAACAACCAGAUACUGUCUAUCUGUUAGCUGUUUUGUGGAUUCAGGGUUAGUAGUUUGUCCCUGCUGGACUUUUCUCUGUACUGUAGACCAGACAUUUAUAUUUAACCCCACAGCUAUCGGCUCCUAAAUCACACCGUCUUGUCUUUACAUUUCUAUUUAUGUGAAUCGGACAGCUUUAGAGGGUGGAUUUGUUUUUGAUGGAGCUAGGCUAACAGUUUCCCACUUCUUCCAGUCUUUGUGCUACAACAGCUAACUACUCACAAAAAGCUUAAUGUUGGAGAUUGCUGUACAGUAACUAUCCAUAAGUCAUGAUAUUUCACUGUCUAGUGGUUUCACCCUGCUUUGUGCUAAGCUAGGCUAAACACGUCCUUGAUCCAUCUCUGUAUGAGAUGAAACUGAUUUCCAUCUUGUCUCUGAACAUAAAGGCAAUGUGAAGAAUUCUUAUCUCAUGUUCUGAAUCAGGAUGUGCUUAGCUUAGCAUAAUGACUGGAAGCAAGGAGAAACAGCUAGCCUAGCUCUGUCUAAAGUUCAAAAUACACAUAUGAACACCUGUAAAGCUCACUGAUUAACAUGCAAAAAAUGUAAAAACCACAAUUUGUGGUUUUAGGUGGACUUCAGGCCCUCUAAGUAUAUUUCCCCUCAAAUAUUUAAGUAUAAUUUUUAGGUUUUGCCUACUAACACUAAAAUCUGCACUUAAUUCACCUGUAAAUGUAAUUUACAUGAACCAAGUGAAAUCACCUUGACCGGUAAAUCAAGUUCCUCAUCAUACUGUUGUAAUAUUCACGCAGACACUAGAAGCCAUUUUUCUUCAGUAAACCCACUAAAGUACAAUGAGCUGUUUUAAAAGGAACUGACAUAAAAAUGAAGACACCAGAUUAUUUUUCAAAAGCAUGACCACUUGAAAAUCAGUUUCAUAUGUUUAUUGAUGAUUAUUAAGGUUGUUGCAGCCUGCUUUUACUUUCUUCAGCAGAGAGGUUUGCGCAUAUAAAAACUUUUCAUUUGCCAAAUGAAUCAAUUUGUUCUGACGGUGAAAUGUGUUGAUUUAUUUUUUUGAUAUGGCGAUAAACUUUCUGUUAGAACCAAUAAAGUGUUUACUUAUCAUGAGAA